ACGCUUACUGUUCGGCGCACACGAUAAAUUUAAACAAACAUUCUUUCAAUUCUUAAAUAUUUUAAAAUUGUUCAAUAUGGCGAUGUUUCGGAAAUUGCAUGUUCAUAGACGGAAGGAUAGUUUGAUUCCAGACACCUGUCCACUCCACGGAGGUCAACUGACCAUGUUCUGUGUCACGUGUGAUGUGACAUGCUGUCUGCUUUGUCUUGACGAGACACACCACGCCCACUCGGUGACGGAUAAAGACACGGCAAGGGAAAACAAGAUGGCGGUCGUCAAUAGCAUGAUACAGCGUAUCCAAGGGUCAUUAGGUCCGGAUAUGAAGAGGAAAGUGGAAGCUCUCCGGGAUGGGAGGAGAAAAAAUAAAAGGGACUUUAAAGACCUUAUGAACACUAUUCUCGAUCGUGGGGACGAUUUGAGGUUAGAAAUAGACGACAUCGUCAAUGAAUAUGUCGAUGAAUGUGAAGCUAUGCGAAAACGGAACGACGAAAUCUUAACGGAAAUUAUCAAAUCGUAUGAAAAGAGUGAAAAGGAUAUUAAUGGAUUCAUGUCUGUUUUUCUAGACGCUACCUCAUCCGGCCAACUGUCAAAACUUACGGAAGCAGUGCGGAUAUGCAAUGACUCUGUUGAGAAAGCGCUUCCAAAGCGACAGAGAACGAAACUGUUUUUACCAAAAUUUGUCAAAGGUGACAUUAACAGAAAGGAGUUUAGGAGUAACAUAGGAAAACUUGAAUUACAGUCGAAAACAAAAAAUGGAGAUACAUUUCAUAUCAUGUCUGAGUUUGUUCACAAAACUCCGUUUCAGCUGCGGUCACUGAAAAGCGCGCAAUUGAACUGCGUAUGGAUCGGUUGUUGGGAUAAUGUUGUUCAUUUAACGGACCGAAGUGGAGAGGUGUUACGCUCAGUGACAUGUGGAGUUACAGUGAUGGACAUUUGUGUAGGAUUGGAUAACAGUUUAUGGCUGGUAUGUGAAGACAACAGUGUACGAUGUGUCGCUGAGGGUAACGUCACUUCCGGUACUAAGGAAACGCCUAUCGUAGCUGUAAACGGACGUGCUGUCGUAGUGCCCAGUUACAAGGCUGAACAUGCAGUGUUCCACACCGAAUGGACACCGUAUUCUGUCUGUAUGAGUACCGACGACAUGUUGUACAUUACAAUGUCCAUGAACACUGUGACCAACAACCAUGUCGGACGGCUGGCCAGGUUCCGCACAGACGGUGAAAUGGUGGAUCUGACGGAGAAGGAUUCUAAUGGGCAACCAUUAUUCGCAAAGCCCCAGAGGAUGGCCAUACAUCAGAAAUCAUCUAAGGUGGCUGUGGUGGACUUUACUCAAAGCACAGUUGUCUUGAACAAAGAUUUGACCUUCCGUUUCCGGUACGUGGACGAUAAAAAUGGAUUUAGUCCUUGUGAUGUCUCAUUCGACGUUGACGAAAAUAUCUUGAUAUGUGACUCGGGCUCUAGAAGUGUUGUCAUGGUGGAUAUGUCCGGAGUCCUGAAGCGGCGUUUGCUGGAGUUUGACGGAGUGACACCAGCCGUGGUGUCAUGUGAUUCGGGAGGGAAAGUGUGGGUCGGUCUGGAAGACAAAAAAGUCGUGGUGUUCCAACACAGACCCCCAGACUGAUCAUGUGACAUACGGUAUGUCGCUAAAGUCUUGAGCUAACUUUGAUAUCAAUAAUCGCGGACAAUAUAUGUGUUGAAAAUAAGAUCGAUGCUAUUUUAUCUCGUACAAUAGAAGUAAAUGUAAAGACACUCUAUAACAAUAACCUAUAGUUCUUAGGGUAGUUCACACCAUGGCCAGAAUGAAAGGGUUUAGACAUCUGAUAUGGAAUGUAAUAUUAUACUUCGGAAGGACGAAUAAAAUUUGUCUCCUUACAUACCA